ACCUCGUGACUCAAAUUUUUGACCAAUUGGAUUGACUGAGUAAUACGGUUCCGCCUAUGUGAUCAAUUGACGGUCUGUAUCUUUAUGCUCCUAAUUUUGGAUGACAUUUCGGGUGGAAUGAAGGGUUAACGCGUUAUUUUAAUACAAACUAUGAAGAACAGGAAACUUGGAUAGGAAGGAAUAUAUCUUGAACAUUGGUGAGCAACAGUGUCCGGUCUGUUGGAAGGAUGGAAACUCUCAUUCCCACCAUCAACCGGUUGCAGGAGGUCUUUCUAACACUGGGGGCGGAGAUCAUACAGUUACCUCAGAUAGUCGUGGUUGGAUCUCAGAGUAGUGGAAAGAGCUCUGUGUUGGAGAGCCUGGUUGGACGGGAUUUCUUGCCUCGAGGAUCAGGAAUAGUCACAAGACGACCCCUGGUGUUGCAGCUUGUUAAUGUCCCCCCAUUGCAGGAGAGGCUGAAGAUCGAGAACGGAAAUGGGAUUAAGCAAAAUGCCCAAAACAGCUACCCAGGUGUCAAAGCUGAAGAAUGGGGUACAUUUCUGCACUGCAAGAAUCAGAUCUUCACAGAUUUUCAGGAAAUUCGUCAGGAAAUUGAAGCAGAGACUGAACGAGGUUCAGGCGACAAUAAAGGGAUCAGUCCUGAGCCCAUAUAUCUGAAGAUUUUCUCUCCAAAAGUUCUUAAUCUCACUCUGGUUGAUUUACCUGGAAUUACUAAGGUUCCUGUUGGGGACCAGCCAAAGGACAUCGAGGCUCAAGUGCAAGAGAUGAUCUUGUCCUUUAUCUCCAAUCCAAACUGCCUUAUCCUCGCAGUGUCCCCUGCCAACUCUGACUUGGCCACAUCUGAUGCACUAAAAUUGGCUCGUGAGGUUGAUGCAGAUGGCCGUCGAACACUGCUGGUGGUCAGUAAGCUGGACCUGAUGGAUGCAGGAACCGAUGCGCUGGAGGUCCUUCUGGGUCGAGUCAUUCCAGUCAGGCUUGGGAUUAUCGGGGUGGUUAACAGGAGCCAGCAUGACAUAAAUACUCAGAAAAGCCUGGAGGACUCAAUGAAGGAUGAGCAGGCUUUCUUGCAGCGCCACUAUCCCUCGCUAGUGUCUCGUGCUGGCUCUCGCUAUCUGGCCAAAACUCUCAGCAGGCUGCUCAUGCACCACAUCCGGGACUGCUUGCCAGACCUCAAAACCCGAGUGACUGUGCUGAGUGCCCAGUACCAGGCAAGACUCAACAGCUACGGACAGCCCGUAGAGGAUCACAGUGCCACCCUGCUACAGAUAGUCACCAAGUUUGCCAGCGAUUAUUGCAACACCAUAGAGGGAACAGCCAGGCACAUACAAACCUCAGAGCUCUGUGGAGGUGCUCGGAUCUGUUACAUAUUCCACGAGACCUUUGGCCGGACAUUGCAGUCUAUCGACCCCCUGGCGGGCCUGACUGAUCUCGAUAUCCUCACUGCUAUCCGUAAUGCUACUGGCCCACGGCCAGCACUUUUUGUGCCCGAGGUGUCCUUUGAGCUGCUGGUGAAGCGGCAAAUUAAGCGUCUAGAGGAGCCCAGUCUGCGCUGCGUGGAGCUGGUUCAUGAAGAGCUGCAGCGGAUCAUCCAGCAGUGUUCCUCCUUCAGUACACAGGAGCUUCUUCGAUUUCCCAAGCUGCACGAUUCCAUUGUGGAAGUAGUGACUGGAUUAUUGCGGAAACGCUUGCCGAUUACUAAUGAAAUGGUCCAUCAUUUAGUAGCAAUAGAGCUUGCCUACAUCAACACAAAGCAUCCAGACUUCACGGAUGCGGCGCAGGUCUCCGCAUCUGUCAACAGUCAGCAGGCAGAGGCUCUUGACGGAGGGAAGCGCUGGAAGAACGAGAAGGUCACGGAAGAAAAGGCUGCAGCUGCAGGCUUUGGGAGCCCCAGCAAAGGCCAGGCCAUUAACCUCCUUGACACAGCUGUGCCAGUGUCCCGAAAGCUGAGCUCGAGGGAGCAGAGGGACUGUGAGGUCAUCCAGCGUCUCAUCAAGAGCUACUUCCUCAUUGUCCGCAAGAGCAUCCAAGACAGUGUGCCCAAGACAGUGAUGCAUUUCCUGGUGAACUACGUGAAAGAACAUCUGCAGAGUGAGCUGGUGGGUCAGCUUUACAAACAGCCACUGCUCCAGGAGCUGCUCAUUGAGUCACAGGACACAGCACAGCAGCGGACUGAGGUUGCUCAAAUGCUUGAGGCGCUUAAAAAAGCCAAUAACAUCAUCUCUGAGAUCCGGGAGACUCAUCUUUGGUAGCCAGAGGAAUGCAACAACUUCUUUUGUGUCAAAGGAGAGCUCUGAGAGUUUGAGAGUGUAUGUGAGUUUUCGGCAGUCUGUGUUAAUGUGUGGCAGUACCACUGUUUUCUCACGGACCAGUGACCAUAGCACAUUCAGAUCUACUUUUUUUCCUCUCUGGCGGUUGCACUGAACAGCAUACCGGAGCUGUUGCUUUUCACUGUGAAUGCUGAGAGAGAGAGAGAUCAAUCACACUCAGGCUGAAAGUGUUAUUUAACAGGUAGAAUGUGACAAGCAUAGCCGCGAACAAAAAUUUCCUGCAAUACUUUGUGUGAAAACCUUUGAUGGGUCAUAAGUUUGUUUUAUUUUUUUGUAAUGUAUGUUGUGUAUGGAGUAUUUAUUUUCUCUGUGUUUAUUUUUUUUUAUAAAUUUGAAAUGUGUUCACACUGCACAGCUCCAUGCUUUCCAGGCAGUGGCUUCCUCUGAGCCCACUUUAGCAGGUGCUAAAACUAUGUUAGAUUAGAUUUCCUGACUUUAAUCUCCUUUGUUGGAGUGCUCAGCAGAUAUAGAAAUAAAGUGAAAAUCAAAUCAAUGCAGACUGCAAUGCAACACUAAAGACAGGCUGCAGUCAUUUAAAGAAAUCACAGGAUGACUGCGGAUUGUUUUUCCAGCUCCGAUGCUAAUCAAUAUCAGGUUUAUUUUCCAGUCUCGUUUGCAUAUGAGCCUAUUUUUACUGCCUGCUGUAAACAUUCCAGUUUUAGGUGAGCAAACCAAACAUGCCCAACAUAUCCUUCCCUCUGUUUGUGUACGAUUUUAGAAGACUGCCACAUUGAGCUGGACAGCUUAAGUAUAAAGUGUGUAUGCACCAUAGUGUUAGUCAAUUCUUACACUUGAAGUGUGUUUUUAUUUUUAUUUUUUAACCAUUAAAAAGAGUACGCUUGUUAUAUCUCAGAUCCACAUGAUAGCACUGAAAUUUCCUGUAGCUUCGUUUCCUUCCCCACAAAACCAAUUAUCCACUUGUUUCCACUGUUAAUGCUACAGAGAUAUAAGCUUGUUCGUAUUACUGACCCUUUCCUGCCGCUCAGAUAAACUGCCUCCAGGAAAGCGAGACAAUUAGAAAUGUAGAUGAAUCCUGCCUGCAGUUGUUUUUUUUGUUACAUUCCCAACCAGAAACCUCAGUCUUAAUUUAACCUGACUCAUUUGCCCCUGUGCCAGUCACUGUUUCAUUAUGUAAUAUUCAUUAAUAUGUAAAAUAAUGCAUCUCUUCCCGGCUUUCCUCCCCCAUUCUCAGGCUCAGAUAAUAGCCAAAACUAAUGUUAUCCUAAGAAUUAGACUUUUUCAGGAAGACCUGCUUUAAACAGAAAGUUCGCCCCUGAUCAAAUAUACAUGUUCUCCUCCUCGGCCUGCAGUGCUGUUUAUCUACUGGAUUGUUUUGGUAUGAAAGAAGACGGCUCCUACAUGACACAGGGCAACCAGAGGUAACUCGAGUCAGAGUUUUCAGGGUCCCCGAAGGUGCCUCUCUUCUUUACCUGGCUAAAUUGCUACGGUAACUGAUGCUGAACACAUGACCCGGUCAGGAGCAUGAUCUGAUCAGUUUCCUUUUAGGAUCAGGUGGAAGCACAGUGUUUACACUAUUUUAUUUUCAGUUUGCUUUCAGUGAAAAGUUGUUCCUUGCUGAAGGAAUAUGUUUUGUAUAUGCAACUUUUUGAAGCCGUACUUUACUAACGCACUGAAGCCCAGCUAUAAAGCUGCAGCAGCACAAAGUGUAUGUGGCAUUGUGACAGGAAUUUGCAUACAUUCGGUUGGUGAUGCAGAACGUCUGUGGUCCUAAUCUGCUGCUAAGUCUCUUUACACUGCUGGAAAUACAGCUAAUAGAGUACAAAUUAGAAAAUGAAUUGGUUACAUUUGUAGACUAUAUAGUUAAUAAUUUCACUUUAAGCUGGCGACAAGUGAUAUCCACAGCUCUUUUAUGUACACACCUGUGAUGUUUAAGCAUAUCAGGUUUAAAGUUUAUGAGCUCUAACAUACAGCUGUCACAUUAGAAAUAAACAGCAGCACCGAGACCCACCAAAUGAUAAAAUAAGUAUAUUGGAAGGUACUUCAGGCUGCUCCCUUAUUUCCCGAGAGGUCGUCAGAGUGGAUGAAACUGUGUGUUUGAUUUGGCACCGGAUGUCUUUCCUGACAUGACCCUCACAUUUUAUCCAGGCUUGUGACCCUCGCAGGCUGGGUUCCCAGAAUUGAACCGAGGAUCUAUAGGCGAGUGUGUUUACCACUCAGUGUGAUUUUGAUAAUAAUGAGUUCAUAUGAUAUAUAUAUAUCGUCAUUACUUUCUCCUCUUAUUUGCAACAUCGAUACCAUUAUAUUUUACUGCUGUAUCUGUCUGUCUGUGUUAGGCAUGUGACAGACUAGCUAGGGUGUACUCUCCCUCUCAUUAUAUCACAGCUGAGAUUGGCUCCAGUGCCCCUGCAAACCUGAACUGGAUAAGUAGAAGAAGAUGGAUGGAUGGAUAUAUGUACUAGCACCACGUCAGAUAAUGUCACUUUCUGGAAUAUGAGGUGCUGAGUUUAUGUAUUUUAAGGAAAAAGAGUCAAAUGAUGCAGUCACUAACUGACGCUGUGAUACCCGUUAUCACCAGCUGUUUUUAGGGUUUCUUUUUGUUUGCUUUUUAACCAGUUAAUGCAAAGAAAGCUUGGCUGAGUUGAACUUGCUUGAUUUUUAGGUACCUUCAGCACCGCAAAGUGAGAGCCACCUAGCCCACUUCUGUUAAAGAGAUGGCAUCAAAUUUCUCCAAAACUGUGCAAUUCACUCCAAAAUAAUCCAAACAGAUAAACUCUACUUGAGGCCAGAGGGAAACGUGUACACUUUGGGUGGGAAAUUUCUCAUUAAGGGUACUAUUAAACAGUAAUUCUGUCUUCACUGUGUUUUUCUGAAAGCCCUGUAUACGGUUGCAUGUAUGGUUCAGUAUGCAUGUGUCAAGGUAUGAAUGAAUGUAUAUUUUGUAUUAUUUAAAUGUAUAUUAAGAUCAUGUGUCAACUGCCUCAUGAGUUCUUGCCUGCCAAUAUUUGUGAUAAAUGUUGACUAAAUGUCAUUUGGAGGGUCUCAUUAAACCCUAUCAAA